ACCUCGCCGCCAGCCCCUUAAAAGGCACCGCCUGGGUUCUGAACUACGCUGAUUGACUUUGUUUAGUUGCUUUACCCUACGGCAUGUGUGCUGCUAGGCUGGCGACAGCGGCGGCCCAGUCCACCGUGUAUAGCUUCUCAGCGCGCCCGUUGACCGGCGGGGAGCCUUUGAGUCUGGGCUCCCUGCGGGGCAAGGUGCUGCUCAUCGAGAAUGUGGCUUCUCUCUGAGGCACCACGGUCCGGGACUACACCCAAAUGAACGAGCUGCAGGAGCGCCUCGGGCCCCGGGGCCUGGUCGUGCUCGGCUUCCCGUGCAACCAGUUUGGACAUCAGGAGAACGCAAAGAACGAAGAGAUUCUGAAUUCCCUCAAGUAUGUCCGACCCGGUGGCGGGUUCGAGCCCAAUUUCCCUCUCUUCGAGAAGUGUGAGGUAAAUGGCUCCAAGGCCCAUCCACUCUUCGAAUUCCUGCGGGAGACCCUGCCCGCGCCGAGCGAUGACCCCACCGCGCUCAUGACCGACCCCAAAUUCAUCAUCUGGUCACCGGUGUGCCGCAAUGAUGUUGCCUGGAACUUUGAGAAGUUCCUAGUGGGCCCUGACGGUGUGCCAGUGCGAAGGUAUAGCCGCCGCUUUCCGACCAUCGACAUUGAACCUGACAUUGAAGCCCUGCUAUCUCAGAUGCCCAGCUGUGCCUAAGGACACUCCUCUUAUCCUGCCAGCUGCUUUCUGUGGGUAUUUCAUCCAUGAUGGUGUUUCCUCUAAACCUGCUUUGGGGAACACCUGAUUUCCGGGAAAAUCCCCAUAAGAGGGCGCUGGGCUUGUCCAUCCCUGACUCCUGUCUGUCUAGACCAAGGCAUAUUUUUUUUACCACUAAUAAAAGUGCUGGGUGAUACAGAA